GCACUCUGACAGCAGCUCUAGGGAGAACACACACAUCCAGGGAAGCUGCAGAGCACACACACACAUUCAGUGAAGAUACCAUCCGACUGCCCUCUUUCUCUCUCUCUCUCUCUCUCUCUCUCUCUCUCUCUCUCUCUCUCUCUCUCUCUCCCCAACUCUUCACAGUCUUUCGAUAGCUCAGCAACAUCACUUCUACUGCUGCGGCUGCUGCUGCUGCUACAAGAGGAAAUAUGCUGAAUGCCGGAUCGAGAAGGGUCCCGGGAUGGCUGAAGCUGUUGUCCAGCCUAUGUCUGCUUCUCUGCCUUGUGGGGGAGACUGGGGCCAAGAGGGUCCCCAAAAUCCCCCGCUGUCCUACCACCUGCUCCUGCACCAAAGACAGUGCCUUCUGUGUGGAUACCAAAACUAUCCCCAAGAGCUUUCCCCCUGGGAUCAUCUCCCUGACGAUGGUGAAUGCAGCCUUCACUACAAUCCCAGAGGGAGCCUUCUCCCACCUGCACCUUCUGCAGUUUCUUCUGCUGAACUCCAACACCUUCACUGUUGUGGCUGAUGAUGCCUUCGCAGGUCUGUCACACCUGCAGUACUUAUUUAUAGAGAACAAUGACAUCCAAGCCCUGUCAAAGCACACCUUCAGAGGGCUUAAAUCCUUGACUCACCUUUCUCUGUCAAAUAAUAACCUGCAGCUCCUUCCACGAGAACUCUUCAAAUAUUUUGACAUUCUGACAGACUUAGACCUGCGGGGUAACUCAUUCCGCUGUGACUGUAAAAUCAAGUGGCUUGUGGACUGGAUGGAGAAGUCCAACACCUCUGUCCCUGCCAUCUACUGUGCCAGCCCAUUUGAGUUCCAAGGCCGCAGAAUCCAUGAUCUAACCCCACGAGACUUCAACUGUAUCAGCGCAGACUUUGCAGUUUAUGAAACUUUCCCCUUCCAGUCUGUGUCAGUGGAGUCCUAUGAAUUCAACGACGAUCAGUUUGUGGCCUUCGCCCAGCCUGAUACUGGUUUCUGUACACUGUUUGUAUGGGAUCAUGUGGAAAUGGUCUUCCGGAUGUACCAUAAUAUAACAUCUCGCUCUGCUGUCUACUGCAAGCCUGUGGUAAUAAACAACACUCUUUACAUGGUUGUGGCUCAACUUUUUGGAGGAUCCCACAUCUACAAGUGGGAAGAGGACCCACAGCGAUUUGUGAAGAUCCAGGACAUUGACACCACACGUGUGAGGAAACCCAACUUUGUUGAGACCUUCCAGCUGGAUGAUGAGUGGUACUUUGCAGUAGCAGACAGUUCCAAGGCAGGCUCUACGAGCAUAUACCGCUGGAACAGCAACGGUUUCUACUCCCACCAAUCCCUUCAUCCCUGGCAUCGUGACACCCAUGUGGAGUUCCUAGAUGUGGAGGGGAAGCAGCGUCUCAUUCUCUCCAGUGCCUCCCAGCCCCCAGUGGUUUACCAGUGGAACCGCAGCCUGCGCCAGUUUGCCUUUCAUUCCCAAAUCACUGAGACUGCUGACGUGCAGAUGGUCAAGCAUUUCUGGGUGCGCAAAGUUCUCUACCUCUGCCUUACACGCUUCAUUGGCGACUCCAAGAUUCUCCGCUGGGAGGGGCAGCGCUAUGUUGAGAUUCAGACCCUGCCCUCACGUGGCUCCAUGGCUGUGUAUCCAUUCAUUGUGGGCCCCCGCCAGUAUCUCCUCUUAGGGAGUGAUUUCUCCUUCUCUCGAGUUUACUUGUGGGACGACCUUACCCAGCGCUUCCAGCUCUUCCAGGAGCUCAACAUGAGAGCACCCCGGGCCUUCAGCUUGGUGUCAGUGGACAACAAAGACAUGCUGCUGGCAGCCAGCUUCAAAGGCAACACCCUGGCCUACCAGCACCUAAUAGUGGAUCUUAGUGCCAAAUAGACCAAUCCAGUCAGAAUCUCUGAGACCAUUCAUGAGUCUGUUCUAUUCUUAUGAGGCCCGAUUCCAAUUUAGGAAUUUACAAAUCGACAGACUCGAGAGAACGGCUUCAAAAUAUUAGGGAUCAAUGAAAGAAAACGCCAAUUGGUAGAUGGUAGAUACAAAAAUACUCUGAUCUUGCAGAUUAUUUGGGUUUAGGAAAGUAUUUAUGAAUCAUAAAAAACAGGUUUAGAGAAACUUUACGCACGAAAGAAAGAACAUGUUGAUUUAAUUCAUUCUGAAAAUUGCCACAUUCAGUUCUUCAACACAUGAUAAUGUUGGAAGAUUAGUGUACAUAGAAUUAUAAUAGGGAGAAUAGUGUACAACAGUGUUCUAUCCUCUCGUCUAUUGCCUGCACUAACCAUGGAACUGUGUGAUGACACGGCCAAGUACUGCGCCAUGCAUGGGGUUCAAACUAUUACAGCUUGGUCUGCGCUCCACUCCGUAAUGAUUGAAUUAUGUCUUUUUAUAUUAUCAACUGUUACUAAGGAAACAAAUGAAGGUAAACACAGCAAUGUAAGUAAAUGGAAUGAUAAUGAAGGUUAUACCAAAUAAAGGGAACUAAAUGUUAAUUGUUAGUUGAAUAUGUGUUGUUAUUAGGCCUACAGUACUGACGGUCGAUACUGAUAGUGGCUAAUAUUUCACAUGAUAGAAAUAGGAAACAGAGAAAGUCACGGUAUUCAAGACAUUCGAGAGUGCCCAUCCCUGCAAGUUAAAAAAGACUGUACAAUUGAAAUUCUGCAUAAUGGCACAGUACUUCAUAACCUUUACUCUGGGAAAGUUGAUAUGUUCAUAUGCUUCAGUUUGCUGCCAUAUGACUGGUUUCACGUCUCCGGCGAUUAUAAGGUAAAAUAGACCUUAUUUACAAUUCCCUUAUCAAAAACGGAUUACUCAUUUACCUAGCUGUUAUCAAUAGCUCUUAUCAAGUUGUAAAUUACAGUGCAUGGUGAAUGCUGUUAUUUCUAUCAGAAAACAAUUAAGUAGAUGCUUUUUCCUCUUGGAAUUGGAAGGUUCGCUCAACCUUAUUCAUGGUUUCCUCGUGCGUAAAGGUGGUGGAAUUAUGAAGGAAUUAAGUCAAGAUCAGAAUAUGGCAUAUCUGUAGACACACCUCUGCCACGCCUUCAUUUCUUAGAUCUCCACCCCCAACCAAUUGCAGGUGAAUAGCAUGCUAUUCUCAUGCUUAAGUUUGUCAGAAUAUGCAUAGAGGGAAAAGUGCAUAAUAAGGGAAUUAUGUUCAAUUUAAGCAAGGUUAACUCGGGUCGGAAUCGGGCCCAUGGAGAAAAGCAAAUCAUCUAAGCCAUGUGACUAAAUGCCUGUUAGGUUAGUUAACCACUUUUGAAGAGUGAGUACUAACAAACAGGAAAUGCAUGAUAUCUUCUGAUGUCUCUGAUUGAAUCAAUUAAUGUGUAAUGACAAAACAUAUCACCAUGAUUAAUACGUGUCAAAUCACUUUGCAACAUCACUACUUACUCUAUUUACCAUGAAUUCAUGCUACAUGGAAAAUAUAAUGGAAGGUGCAGAUAUAGUACAAAUAAAAACAUAUAAGUAACAUCAGAUUAUGUGAAAAGCAUGUGAAUCUACUGAACGGUUUUCUAUUGACUGUUAUAAAAUCAUUUUAUUCAUGCAAUAGGGCGAAGACGAGUAGGCGGCCAGUACGUUGCAAUAAACUUUAGUGAACUAUUAACAUAAUAUAUUCUGUUAAUAGUUCACUAAAGUUUAUUGCAAUUUACUGGCUGCCUACUCAUCUUCUUUCUUGAAUUUACCUGCCAUUAGGGGCCUGCCCUCAUCUCAUUCAUGCAAUAGGAAAAUAACUGUUCACAUCAAAUAGAGUUUGAUAUGGACAUUCUAUGAAAUGCUAGUUAAUAUAUUUUCAAAGCAAUAUAAACUGUAAUCUGCAUGCCAUAAUGGUAUCUUUACAGUAAAUUAUAUUUUAUAAAAUAAUGCUUAUUCUGUAUAAGUUUUAUAAUGAUUCACAGGUAAUAAGAGCUAUCAAUGCUUUUGUCAUAAAUAACAUGUAUCUCUCUAUGUUGUUGAUCAUGAUUGAUACCAAUAUAUUUUCAUUAAUCUAGAAUGUAGCUAGGCUACACAGAUUUCUCUAAAUGAAUGUUAACUGAAUAGUACUGGAAGGUUAUGUUAAGCUCCUGUCAUAUAUGUGAAAAUAUGUAUGAAUAUGUACACUUUGUAUGUUGUGGCUGAACUACACGGGCAGUCAAUUGCCCAAACAUUUUUAUUCCCAAUUUGAAUGCCUAACAAUUGAGAAUCAGUUCAAAUCCAGGCUUGACUCCUCAUGUCUGUAUUUGCUAAACGUUCAAAAUUGUGCCUAGAGAAUGUGUCAACAUCCAAAUUCUGGCCAAAUCUCUGUGCACUUUGAUUCUACAUAACUUAUAGCUUGUCUUCAGACAUUUUAUGUUAUUCUCCUCUGUGCAUUUUAUGUAGCUUUACACUGUACGUAAUGUAAUGUAUCCAUGCAUCUACUGUAAUAGUGCACCCAUAUUAACUAAAAAACUUGCAAUAAAUACUCCAUUUAAACAUCCUCAUUUACACAGUUGACAUUUACACAUUUUUCUGUGAUUGGCCUUUACUGCAUUUGUAUGGAGAAAAGUUACACUCUCUAUGUCAAAUAUAAAAUAACUAGGUUCAACAUUAUUCUUUAUAUAGUCUACCAUGUCUACACAUUUUAUGUGGGUUAUUAUUAGUAUAGUGGUUGUAUGGUGCACUAAAGUGUAGCCUAAAUCACCCAUACCACCAUGGAAGUGGAUAUAGUGUGAGAGCAAAAUAUUUGCCCUGAAAAUGUUUGCCACUUGUACGUAUCUGAAGUAAUAAAUGUCCUAUUAAAAA